AUGGCGUUGUCUGCUGAGCAGGCCGUCAGGUCUCCCUUCGUGUUUGUGGAGCAGCUGCACGAGGGGCGGCCGUACGAGUCCAUCACGUUUCCGGACGCCUUUGAGGUUUUGCCGAACAGCUGGCAGUACAAUAACGCCGUGGGCGCCGCGUCAGGCGCGACCCCGUCAAUGCCGUCGGGUGCCUCAAGUCCCCCCCACAACAGCAGCGCAUGCGGUUCGUCGCCGAGUAGCGAUGGGCAGCGCCUGCUGGUGCUCCGUGGCCUGCACGAGGAGCAGCGCCUGCAGCUGGGGCGCCGGGUGCAGGAAAGAAGAGCGCUGCAAAUGAGGUCAGGGCAGGCAACCCUCGACACGUGCUUUCGCCGGCCUUGUGCGGCGAGUGUGGUGGCGAGAGAACUGAGCGCAGAGGGGCGGCGGCGCGAGGAGACGCGGGAUGCACCGCACAUUUUGUGGGUAACGAAAAACAGGACGUUAACCGCUUUUUACGCCGAGCAGCGGCGCCGGUGUUUGCUCUCUAUGGCGUCACGGCUACAGGAGCGGAUGGAGCUGGAGCACUACGCCGGCACCGCGCGGGACAAACUGCGGCUCUCUCAAAACAAGCGCCUCUGGACUUCCGUUGACGAAGACGGGGGUUCAAUUUUUGCUCCUGUUGCCGCUGACGAGUGUGACGUGGAGGGCGGGUCGAUGCCUAGUGCGUUUAUGUAG